CUUCAUGCUUCACUCUCACCCUUUGGUAAAUUCCCAAUAAAAAUAAAAUUGUUGAUAAUAUUCUGUAAUUCAAAAUGGGGAAGAAGAAGAUGGCAUUGUUUGUAGUGUUGGUGGUGGGGAUGUUGAGUGUGAGUUGGUGUUGGGGAGAGAUGAAUGACAAAGCCCAACAAGCUAAGCAAAGUGCUUCUGAAGCCAUGGACGAUGCUAAGGAGAAAACUGGUUCUUGGGCUAAUUGGGUCUCUGGCAAAUUCUCCCAGUACCAAGACGAUGCAAAAGAUGAAGCCCAAAUAUUAACGGAUAGAGCCAAGGAGACCGCAUCAGAUGCAAGAGAUUCUGUCAAUUCUGCUGCAUAUGGAACCCACAGGUAUGGUUCUCAAAAGGCCAAGGAGAUGGCUGACGUAGCAUCUGAGAAAUUUAGUGAGGCUAAAAACCUUGCUUCUGAGAAAGCCAACCAAGCUAUGGAUGCAGCUGCCGAUACUGCUGGUCAUGCCAAGGAAAGAGGAAAAGAAAAUGUGUAUGGCGCUUAUGCCUAUGCAUCGAAGAAAACAGGCCAAGCCACAGAAACUGCGUCCGAUUUUGCCAAAGAAAAGGCUCAUGAUGCUUAUGCCUAUGCAUCUGAAAAGGCAGGUCAAGCCACUAACAUUGCUUCGGACACUGCGGCCGAUGCAAAAGAAAGAGCUAAACAUAAGGCUUAUGAUGCUUCUGAUUUUGCCAAAGAGAAGGCGUACGAUGCUUAUGCCUCGGCAUCUGAUAAGGCAAGUCAAGCUACUAAUAUUGCCUCAGACAAAGCAGCUGACGCCAAAGAAAGAGCUAAAUAUAAGGCUUAUGAUGCUUCUGAUUUUGCCAAAGAGAAAGCUCGUGAUGCUUAUGCAUCCGCAUCUGAUAAGGCAAGUCAAGCUACUAACAUUGCUUCGGACAUGGCAGCUGACGCCAAAGAAAGAGCUAAACAUAAGGCUUAUGAUGCUUCUGAUUUCGCCAAAGACAAAGCUCGUGAUGCUUAUGCCUCUGUAUCUGACAACGCAGGUCGAGCCACUAACAUUGCUUCAGACAUGGCCACUGCUGCCAACGAAAGAGCCAUACAUAAAGCUUAUGAUGCCAAAGAUUUUGCCUCUGAGAAGGCACAUGAUUCCAUGAAUGCCGCUUCCGAAAUGGGUAGUUCAGCCAAAGAGAAGGUUAAGGAUAAGUCUAAGGAUGCAUAUGCUUAUGCCACAGAUAAAGCAGGUGAUGCCAAAGAAAUAGGGAAAGACAAAGCGUAUGAUGCUUACGGAUAUGCAUCUGACAAGAUGAACCAAGCGAAAGACAGGGCUUCUAAUAUUGCUGAUAAUUCAAAAGACACGAUUGAGGCCAAAGCAUCGGAUGCCUACGGUUUUGCUGCUGAUAAAGCACAGGAUGCAAAGGAAAUGGGGAAAGACAAAGCGUAUGAUGCUUAUGGAUUUGUAUCUGAAAAGAUGAACCGAGCAAGGGAUUCUGCUUCUAAUAUCGCUGGUAAUUCAGAAGACACUAUGAAACAUAAAGCAUCGGAUGUCUAUGACUCUGCCUCUAGUAAAGCCGAUCAUACCAUACGAAUGGCUACUGAUAGAGCCAAUUAUGUGAGAGAGCAAGCUUACGAUGGAUAUGAGAGAGCCAAAUCAAAGGCAUAUGAAACUUACAACUCUGCCAAGAAUACGAUGAAUGAACAAGCAAAGAAUAAAUAUGAAGCAGCUAAAGAGAAGGCUUCGGAAGCUGCAGGUCACGUUGGAGCAAAAAUGAGAAGUGCGAGUGGCAAAGAAUUAUGAGCAAUUAAUCCAUACAUAACAGUCCCCCGAAAGGAAAUCUUGCUUGGAAAGAUAUUCCUCAUUGAAGUAAUUCUCCACCCGGUGAGUGCUGACUUAGAUUUUUACAACUAUAUUUUUCUUCUAUUGUUACGUAUUCUUUUUGUAGGACAGAUGAAGUUCGUGAUGGAACUCAAUUCUGUAAGGUCAAAUCUUAGGUUAAACUUAAUUAAUAAAGAGAAUGACAACGCUUAUUAUGCA